AAUAUAUUGGCGAUUCAUUAUAGUGAAUUCUAAGAUGCACUGUUGUUACUGUUUUAAAUAAGCAAGUCCCAAACCCGUCGAAGAUUCACUCCCUUCAAGCCCAUCAGGGAUUAAUCGGGACGGGGGCUUAAAUGAAGUCAGGGUCAGGGACAAGGCAUGCAAUACGUACCACCGACAGGCAACCGCCACCAUUUAAAUGACCACAAAAUUUAACGUUUUUACAGUUAAAUGACCACAAAAUUUAACUCGGUUACAGAUUUUUUAGUUGGUUAAAGGGUUAUGGCAUGGUUAGAGCAUGAUGGUAUGGGUGAGAAGAUACCCUACUUUCCUUGGUUGCCAUGUAAGGAAUCCAAACCAAGCUCAAUACAACAUCCAACUUUACAACAUAUCCAUAUGCACUUCAACCUCAUUUACUCUUCCCCUUUAUUCUCUGUUUCCUUCUUCAUCUUCCAAACCCAUCUCCAUAAAACCCCACAAUGGAUCCUUCAUCUUUUCUACACCCAAAAAGAUGUCGAUGAACGGUCAAAACAUGGGUCAGUACGUAGUACCAUUCGUCUGUCUCUUGAUUGUCAUCAUGGAUCUCACUGCAGGAAUUCUCGGUAUUCAGGCUGAAGUAGCUCAAAACAAGGUGCAAAAUCUAAGAGUGUGGAUCUUUGAGUGUAGAGAUCCAAGUUAUCAAGCAUUUAAACUCGGGUUUGCAGCCGCCGUGCUUCUCGCAUUUGCUCAUGCCAUUGCAAACUUGUUUGGUGGUUGCCAUUGUGUAUGGUCCAAACCGGAGCUCGACAGGGCCACCUCUAACAAGCAACUAGCCAUGGCUUCACUCGUCCUAUCAUGGAUUACGCUGGUUAUUGGCUUUGGGAUGCUAAUUGCCGGAGUCAUGGCUAACUCAAGUUCAAGAAAAUCAUGUGGAGUUUCGAACCAUCGUUACCUGUCUAUUGGCGGCAUUGCAUGCAUCAUUCAUGGGAUGUUCGCAGUUUCUUACUACAUUUCCGCGACUGCUGUUGAGAAAGAAGAAAAGAAGUUGAACCCGCCUGGACCGAUGAUGAACCCACCUGGACCAGUGCACCAGACGGUCCCAACUGCACCUGCUUGAAAUAAAAAUGUAACCUGAUCCAGAUAUCUUAUAUCCAUUUCUCUACUUUUUUGGGAUUUUUACUAAUCAAAAAGCCAUAAUUUGUUCAAA